AUGGCUGAAUGCUCUUGUGAAGAAGAAGAGGAGGAGGAGGAAGAGAAGGAGGACAUGGACUUGGGGAGUGAUUUUCCCAUGGCCAUGAAUGAUAACUUGGAGGGUCCUUUCAUUGAAUGGCUAAAGCCUACACAGCCACCACCCUCCUUCUCUUCCUCCCCCUCCUCCUCAACCUCAACUUCAUCACCAUCGCAAGAUCAUGCCAUUAAUAGAGUAAGUCAGUGUUGUUUGCCCCUUCUGAGUAGUUUUGAAGAGCCUAAAAAGGUCAUCAAAGAAGAGGAGGACAUUGAUGGUGAGGUUAAUGUGGCCUUGCACAUUGGAUUGCCAGGUUCUUCAACUAGUGUUGAUGAUGGAGAGAGUAUCAUGUCCUUGGACUUCUCUGUGGAAGAAGAUGAUAAGGAAGUGGAGAACAACAACAAGAAGAAGAUGGAAGUGAUGCCUGAUGAUCAUGAGAAUAGGUUUUGGAUCCCCACACCAGCUCAGAUCCUCAUAGGACCAGUCCAGUUCUCUUGCUCAGUUUGCAGCAAGACUUUCAACAGAUACAACAACAUGCAGAUGCAUAUGUGGGUGCAUGGAUCUGAAUAUAGAAAAGGACCAGAAUCUCUGAAAGGGACACAACCAAUGGGGAUGCUCAAGCUGCCUUGCUACUGCUGCGCCCAUGGCUGCAAGAACAACAUCAACCAUCCAAGGGCCAAGCCAUUAAAAGACUUCAGAACUCUUCAAACUCACUACAAGAGAAAGCAUGGAGUGAAGCCCUUCAUGUGCAGGAAGUGUGGCAAGUCAUUUGCGGUUAAAGGAGAUUGGAGAACUCAUGAGAAGAACUGUGGCAAGCUUUGGUAUUGCACUUGUGGCUCUAAUUUUAAGCACAAGAGGUCUCUCAAGGAUCACAUAAGAUCAUUUGGCAUGGGUCACUCUCCUACUUGUUCUCCAGUUUCUUCAUGACUUAAAAAAAGAAAAAAAGAAAAAAAAGGGGGAGA